AUGCCUCUCGCAAGAUUUUGGUGCGCCUUCAUAGAAGCUUUACAAGCUUUGGUAUUUUGUGGAUUUUGCAAUAAAGAAGAAAGGUAAGGCUCAAAACUUGCUGAAAGAUUGUUACGUUGUUACCACAGGAAAAAAGCUUAUUAAAGCAUUUUCUCUUGUUGAGCGGGUCGAUCGCGCGCCGAAAAGUGUCUCGCAAAAGUAACUUGAAAUUCCACAUCUGUUACAAUGGUUAAUAUUUUGUAAACAAAAAGAUGCGUAUAAAACAUAAUCCGACUUUGAAACAAAUUUAGUUCUCUUUAAAAAGACACAAUAAUUUUGCUCACUUCCUAUUCCACAAGAUAUCCCUUUCUUCUCCAUUCCGCUCAGUAUAGUAGAAAGAAAGAAAGAUUUGCUUGCACUUCGUUUACCUUUCUGAAUGUUUGAAAAAAGAAAUGCAUUCACUUGUUACGUCGCUUGAAGUAAGAUUGAAACAAAAUGCAAAACUUCACUCAGUAAAAUUAUUGAUGCGGGUCUUGAAGAUUUGUUUGAGGUGUGGAGCCGAAAGCCGAGAAUGGAGGGGAGGAGAGGGGAGGGGAGGGGAGGGACUGAGAGGGAAGGAGAGGGGGGGGAGGGAAUGUAGAUGAGCUGAGGCGAACGAAAAACAGUUGACCUCUUUACCUUGUAGAGGUAAAAAUAUAAACAAAUGUGAAGGAGCUGAAGCGAAUGAAAUACAACUGAUUUUUUCCCUUUCAGUGAUGAGAUAAAAGAGAUCGAGAGAACGAGCACAAGUAAUCAAGGUACGAAGAUCUGUUUUGUUUGAAAGAAAAAUUCACUUAGAGUACGAUUUAUUACGGUAGCAAUGACUCAGGGUCAGUGCUGAUCAUUUUGACAGUAAACCAUAAAUAAAAUUAGGGUCAAAAUUGGAUUUCUAUCAUUUUGCAGAUGAAACUAACAUCAGCAAGUUGGAGGAAGAGAGCAAUGAUGUCCAAGAGUUUAAAGCCGAGAUUGUUGAGGAAGUAAAGUGAUUAAUGGUUACUGAUGAAGAUGAGAAUGUAGAGGAAGACAUUUGCGAAGACAUCACCUCCCCGAAGAUUCAUGUAAAGGUAACAGCCAUUCAAGAAGGGAACAUCACAAGAAUUUAAACUGAGGAAGUAGAAGAGGGAGCCUUUGAGAAUCUAGGGCCGAAAUUGUCUCAAAAGAGAUUCCUCUAGAAGAUAUCACUGUGUUUGAGGUGGUGAGAAAUCUCCAAUCGUCAGAUGAGGUCGAUGCAGAAUAUGAAACAGAGACCCAACCCACUACUGAACAAGUUCACUCUGUUGAGAGUCAUGCCGAGAAAGUUUAUCAAGAUAACGAAAUGAGAGAAAUGGAAACUGCAGAAGUCCAAGAGAGCUGUGAGGACAACAAAGUGGUUUCCGAGGAGAUAAAGGUACUCCGCCUUACUUGGAAAGAGCUUCUCUUAGCAGAGAGACACAUGGAAUCAGAGAAACACGCGGAAGCAGAGAUUCAACCCAAUAACGAACAAGUUCACUCUGGUGAGAGUCAUGGCGAGAAAGUUUCUCGAGAUACCGAAAUGAAUGAAAUGAAAACUGCAGAGGUCCAAGAGAGCUGUGAGGAAAACAAAGAAGUUGCUAAGGAGAUAAAGGUGCUCCGCCUUACUUGGGAAGAGCUUCUCUUAUCAGACAAACACAUUGAGUCAGUUGUUGUGGAAGAUUUGAGUUCAGAUCAAGUCAAGUCAACAAGAUUAACUUUGCCACAAGAAGAUCCUGCAAUCCAGGCCUUUAAGAUCAUAUCCAAUGAUAGGUAAGGGCGAUUCACCCAGGUGGAAGGGAAAUUACAACAUCAAUUAAUUAAUUUAGCGUAUACCACAUUGGUGAAUAGUGCUUUUCGCACGCGCUUAUUGAAAAGAAAUGCACUCUCUUACUACCUCACUUGAUGAAAGACUGAAACAAAAUGCAAAACUUUACUCAGUAAAAUUAUUCAAACGGGUCUUGAAGCUUUAUGUGAGGAGCGGAGAUGAAGGCCGAGAGUGGAGGGGAAGGGAGGGGAGGGACUGGGAAGGAAGAAAAGUGAAGGGAGGGAAAGGGAAGAGAGAGAGAGAGAGAGAGAGAGAGAGAGAGAGAGAGAGAGAGAGGAGAGAGAGAGAGAGAGAGAGAGAGAGAGAGAGAGAGAGAGAGAGAGGGAAAGAGCGGAAAAUCGUUAAAAAUCGUGAGCCCCAAAAUAAACAAAUGUUUAAUUUGUUACGCUGGAUUUGCGUAACAUUUCCAACUUGUUGCGCUGGAUUCACGUAACAUUUCCUAUUUGUGGGUGUUUUUUGCUAUUCUCACCCCACACGAUUUGAACGUGAUUUGUACUGUAAACGCCUAGUUUAUUAGUAGGUUAAUUUUGUUCAUCGAUUAAAUCCCUGAUGAAGUCUGUGAUCAGACGAAACCGGUCGGAUAAUAAACUUAGUUGACAAGAUUGUUGACGUGUGCUGCUCACUAGUUUUUAUUUUAAAAAAAUUAAUUUAAAAAAUUUAAAAAAAGGGAGGUAAAUGAAAUACAACUGAUAUUUUUCCCUUUCAGCUGUGAGAUAAAAGAGAUCGAGAAGACGAAAACAUGUAACGAAGGUAUGAAAAGAUCAGUUUUGUUUGGGAGAAAAAUUUUCCAAGAGGACGAGUUAUUACAGUAAUAAUGACUUAGGGUCAGUGCGAUCAUUAAACAGCAAACCGAAAAGAUAAUUUAGGGCCAAAAUUGGAUUUGUAUCAUUUUGCAGAUGAAAAUAACAACAGCAAAUUAGAGGAAGAGAGCAAUGAUGUGCAAGAGUUUAAAGCCGAGCUUACCGAGGAUGUUAAAUGGUUUAUGGUUACUAAAGAAGAUAAAAAUGUAGAGGAAGGCAUUUGCGAAGACAUCACCUCCCCUGAGAUUCAUGUAAAGGUAACAGCUAUUCAAGAAGCGACAAUCACGAGAAUUGAAACUAAGGAAGUAGAAGGGGAAGCCUUUGAACAUGACCAAUGGCUGGACGUCACCGAAGGAGAAUCUUGGGGUGAUAUUGCCUCAAGGGAGAUUCCUCUAGAGGAUAUCACUGUGUUUGAGGUGGCGAGAAAUCUCCAGUGGUCGGAU